AUGGCGACAAAAGGACUCAAAGCAAUCGCUCCGGUUCCAACGGCGAACGACUUUCUGGAUAUUAUACUGAGUAAAACUCAGCGUAAGACCCCAACGGUCAUCCAUAAAAACUUUAAAAUAAGUCGUAUUCGGAAUUUUUACAUGCGGAAAGUCAAAUUCACCCAAGAUUCGUUCGAUGAGAAGUUGGGAGCUAUCUUGAAUGAAUUCCCGAUACUUGACAAUCUUCAUCCAUUCAUGUCUUCGCUUCUCAACGUCCUAUAUGACAAGAACCACUAUAAACUCGCUCUUGGCCAACUUAAUACUGCUCGACACCUUAUCUCUCAAGUCGCAAAGGACUACGUCCGCCUCCUUAAAUUCGGAGACUCUCUAUACAGGUGCAAACAGCUCAAAAGAGCGGCUUUGGGUCGUAUGGCAACAAUUAUGCGUCGCCAAAAGGAUCCAUUGGCAUAUCUCGAGCAAGUCAGGCAGCAUUUAGCGCGUUUACCAAGCAUCGAUCCAACCACGCGCACACUAUUGGUCUGUGGAUACCCGAAUGUCGGCAAAAGCUCCUUCGUAAACAAGGUUACGCGAGCGGAUGUCGACGUCCAGCCAUAUGCGUUCACUACAAAAUCCUUGUUUGUCGGACAUCUUGAUUACAAGUACCUUCGAUGGCAAGUCAUCGAUACACCGGGAAUUCUGGACCAUCCACUCGAAGAGAUGAAUACGAUCGAAAUGCAGAGCGUUACCGCCAUGGCUCAUCUACGGAGUGCGAUUCUCUACUUUAUGGACCUCAGUGAACGAUGUGGCUACACCAUCGAGGCCCAAGUUAAACUCUUUCAUUCUAUCAAGCCUUUGUUUUCCGGAAAACCGGUUGUGGUCGUAAUCAACAAGAUUGAUGUUGUUCGACUAGAUGACUUGAACGAGGAGCAGCGAGCUCUGGUCGAUACCGUCAUUACCCUUCCUGAAGUGAAGACAGUUCAAGUUAGCUGCUAUACCGACGAGGGGGUCACUGAAGUCAAAACGACAUCGUGUGAUGCACUCCUUGCACACCGCGUGGAGUCCAAGCUCAGGGGUACCAAGAUUAAUACAGUGGUCAACCGCAUUCACGUCGCUGUGCCAACCAAACGCGAUGACAAGGAGCGUAAGCCCUUCAUUCCAGAUGUAGUCAAGGAGAGGAAGAAAUAUGAUAAAGAAGACCCGGAGAGGAUGAAGCUGGAGAAGGAUUUGGAGGCAGAAGGUGGAGGAGCAGGUGUGUAUAACAUUGAUAUGAGAAAAAACUGGAUCCUUCAAGACGAAUCAUGGAAAUACGAUGUCAUGCCAGAGAUCUGGGAAGGCAGGAACGUCGCCGACUUCAUCGAUCCAGAUAUCGAAGCCAAACUUGCCGCCCUCGAAGCUGAAGAGGAGAAGCUCGAGGCAGAAGGCUUUUACGAUAGCGAGGAAGAAAUAUUUGACUCGGACGACGAGCGGGAGGCCGAAGAAUUACUUAAAAUGCAGAAAGCAAAACUUUCUCAUCAUGCCAAAUCGAACUUUAAAUCCCGGCCCAUCAUGCCCCGUACUGGCGCACACCGAACCAUGAGUGGAAUGGCUAAAGCUCUGACUGCCGCAGGCUAUGACCCUAGUCGAAUUGAAGAACGGGCCGCAAUCCUGGCUAAGGCAGCGAGGGCCAAAGAGGCUAUUGGGAAAAGGAAGCGCGAUGAAGAUAUGGAAGUGGAUUCAGAUGGAGAGGGGCAAGAUGUUUCGGAUGGAAUGGACAUUGACGAAGGCGAGAGCCCGAAGAAAGUCAAGACCAACCUCGGCACUUCUAAGCGUGCCCCCAAGACCGAUAGGCAAUUUGCGGGUCUCAAGAACGCGGAACAAGCCGAGAAGGCAAUCAAGUUGCGAAACCUGGGACAACGAGAGAGGAACAUGCAUGCAAGAGCCGGAGAAAGUGAUCGUGCAAUCAAGGUUAAGAUGCCAAAACACUUGUAUGCUGGUAAAAGGAAGGCGGGGAAGACUGAUAGACGAUGA